ACUGUGCAAAGACAAAAUUCAAAAUCAAUUUUCCCUAAACCGAUUGGCGAUACCGAUUUGUAAUCGCCCACGACGCCCGGGGAAAAUGUCUCGUCCGACCGCAACAUUAAACAUAUAUAUUCUAUAUGCUCUUGGCCCGAUGCAUACAUAACCGAUCAUGUUCACGGUCACGUCGGAGAUCUACGGCGAGAACAAUUACCAGACGACCCGCGAUGGCGGUAAAGUGGUGUCCAAAUUCCGUUUCGUCUAUCCGGAGCAGAAGCUGGCAAGGAUUACGGCGGAUAAGGAUGGUGACCUCGAGGUGCCAAGGCCACGACGUGGCGUGAUCGAAUUGGAACAUUCCGAGGCCACGGAACUGCGCUUGGUGGGUUUGCAAGUGUGGCGGGGAGCCCUUCUCCUGGCGGAUUACCUCUUCUCGAAAAUCGAAGAGUUCUCCGGCAAAACCCUCAUGGAACUUGGAGCUGGCGUGGGUCUGACCAGCAUCGCUGCGGGUAUACACAACGCCGGACGGAUCUACUGCACUGAUGUGGAUCUGGGCUGCAUUCUAAAGCUAAUCCGGGGGAAUGUGCAAAGAAAUUCCAAACUUCUCAGUGGUCAAGUCUCUGUUCUGGAGUUCGAUUUCCUUGCCCCCAAAGAAGAACAAUCUCAGGAGCUCCUCGAAGCCAUCGACAAUAGCGACAUAAUCCUUGCUGCCGAUGUCAUCUACUGUGAUACCCUAACCGAUGCCUUCAUCUCCGUGGUGGAUCAUCUCCUGGAACGGGGACGCCAAACUGGCAGAUCCAAAACCAUAUUUAUGGCCUUGGAGAAGCGAUAUGUGUUCACCCUGGAGGAUUGCGAUUCCGUGGCCCCCAUGUACGAAUACCUCAUGCGGCAGACUGCCCUCAGUAUUUUGAGUAUGAUCGCUGCAAGCAACUGGUGCUAAUGAAGAUCACCAGUCGUUAGACGUCUAGUAGACCUCAAAAAACCUUCCGCUUCUUAGAUUCGAAUGACACCUUAAAUGUACCUUAUUUAACUAGUUGAAAGUUAGCUUGAUUUUACUUGCAAAAUGUCAGUUAGUUUUUUUUUAGAACUACAGGGUAAAUUUAAAGAAUUUGAAUAAAAAUCCAUUAAAUUGUGUAAUAUAUUAAACAUUACUUGUUUGUGUAUUGUAAAGUGUUUAUUCAUAUACCAAUCAUUUAAGUACAAAAUCUAUUGAUUAGUUUAAAGACUUUAAAAACGUUUUUAAAAAUUAUAAUUUUUGUACUUGCACCAAAUAAUGUGUGAUAUAACAAAAGUAAGCACUCCGUUUAAGAUUAGUCAACAAUGUCUGCAAUAAUGAAGAAUGACCCAAUGGAAUAAAUACAUCUAAACUAA